UGAUGAUUCAUUGCUUACACAUUACUAUUCGCUACACAACGCUACUCGGUACGCUACCUACACAGCAAGCCAGAUGCUAUAUCGACUUGGGAAGCUCCUCAAUGCUCUCGCGGAUGAUGCGCACUGUAGGUUCCUGGUCAUAUAAAUGCCGUCCACACUGGAUCGCACGAUUGGAGCAUCGAGCAGCCCAGCACGCCUUGGCUUCUGGCCACUCAGACAGUCCGUUAUCGAUAAUGGUAUCCCCCAGAGGGCGCAUCUCGAUUUCGUGAAUGAUGCGUGCCUUCAGCUCUCGCCAGGUGUGGUAGUCGAUCGUCGACUGGCAGUGGCCACAGCUCGUCACAUGCAUCGGGUCGGAAGCCACGAAAGGCGUUUUGUUAAGUCGUUCUCGCAGGCUGGAGCAGCAGUCAGCUUCGGACGACAAGAGAUAGAGAGCGAUAGCGCGCACAGAACUUUCCGCGAGUUGUGGAGGUCAAAUAGUUUUAGCAAUGCGCCGGUCGACAGACGCUCCAGGGCAGGACGCAAGAGAGGGUCAUGGAGAUAAUGAGUUAGAGUCUGGGUCGACGCCGAGCGUGCCUCGUCUUCCCAGUUAUACCUGCAAGCGACGGUAUACAAGCGGAAGGGCUGAUUUGCGAGUGCGGGCGUCAUGACAAGCAGACGGAGGAUCGACAUAGGGCCGGGCAUGUCGUACUUUUCUGCAGCGAAGAGAAUCUUGUCCACGAGGUCAAAGUCGGUAACGGGCAGAAUGGGGAGGCCGCACGCCAUACGGAGAAGGUGUUCGAGUGUUUCUUCGCGUGAUUCAGCACGAUGGCCCAUGCUUCAUGAUGGAGAUAUGGGCGUACCUGUAUCUUCCUGCAGCACAAUCGUCUCGACGGAGGCCUCAGAGGGUGGGCCUGGGGCUUGCGGUAGAGAUAGCAUGGCGUUGAACCAGCCUGAAGUAUUCUUCAAAGUAUACGAAUGGCAUCGAAAAUACGUCUCAUUCUUGGCUGACAGAAUGAUGUCGCCACCUGGCGCACAGAAAGACGGAUGGAAUUCGGGAACGCCCUCGUCGCUUCUCGUCUCGUCAGGAGUCAUGUUCAUGCCGAUAAGAGUGCGCAAGGCGAGGGACUGAUUACAUGUUGUGGCAGCGCACUGGAGCCUCGUGCUUCGGACAUGAGCAUGCGUUGAUCCGGACAACUACCCACGAUCGAGCUUGCUCCGGGGUGUGAUCCAAGACGCUACACACCCAUGACCUCCUUCAUCAGGCCCACCACCAUACGCCUCACAAUCCUCGGAAGAUUCCCUCUAUAUAAAGGGUCUGGAACGUCGACCCUUCGGUCGAAACACGCGCGCUUCAUGUCCACCACCCAGUCCUACACCAACAUCCUCGUGUCCCGUCCCGAGUCUGCGGUGACGCUCAUCACCUUGAACCGUCCGAAGGCACUCAAUGCACUCUCGUCUCCGCUCUUCGCGGAGCUGAAUGCCGCCCUUCACGAGGCAGAUGGCGACGAUUCCGUUGGCGCAAUCGUCCUGACCGGCUCAGAGAAGGCAUUCGCCGCCGGGGCAGACAUCAAGGAAAUGAAAGACAAAGAAUAUGCGGACGUCUUCAAGAACCGCUUCCUGGAGGACUGGGGGCUCAUGAGCAAGACGCGCAAACCCGUCAUCGCAGCCGUCAGCGGCUACGCGCUCGGAGGCGGAUGCGAGUUGGCUCUGAUGUGCGACAUCAUCCUAGCGUCGCCAACCGCCAAAUUUGGGCAGCCGGAGAUCAACCUCGGCGUGAUUCCUGGUGGUGGAGGAUCCCAGCGUCUAGCACAGAUCAUCGGCAAGUCUCGCACGAUGGAAAUGGUCCUGACCGGGCGUAAUAUCUCGGCGCAAGAGGCCGAGCAGUGGGGCAUAGUCAGCCGAAUCGUUGGCGACGGAGAAGGGCAGGUCGUCAAAGAAGCAGUCGAAAUGGCUGCUUUGAUCGCAAGCAAAGGCCAGAUCGCUGUCCAGGCAGCGAAGGAGGUCGUCAAUGCCGCGUACGAACUCAAUCUCGCCGAGGGUCUGCGGUUCGAGCGGCGCAUUUUCCAUGGGCUUUUUGCCACCCGUGACCAGAAAGAAGGCAUGGCUGCGUUUUCUGAGAAGCGAAAGGCGGAGUUCACCAACUCCUAAUUAAAAAAUACCGUAUCAAUACAGUACGGUCGUGGUAUUGUCAAAAAUAACAACAUUCGUGAUUAUUACCUUCUAGAGAUUGCAGGUGUAGUGAUUGGGUCUGUUUGUACUGUAACAUCCUUCGCGCCUGCCAAUUUUGUCAAGCACUUCGAUCAUUGGACCGAUGUCCGUUCUAGCAGGUCCCUCACGCGUCUCUUCGCGCAUAAGACAUGUUUCUCAAACGGUCCUUCAACAUAUCUCCCCUCCGUCACGCUUGCCGACGUUCUCAAGGUGGUUCUCGGACAGUGCGUGCAGGAGACGAGAAACUUUUUCGACGCCCGUCGCUCCCGCGGCUGACAAAUGGGACAACGUAUACACCGACCUCCCUCGCGACCCCCCUCACCUUGGCACGAACAUCGGCAGCGGAGGCACCGGCCCGCGACUCGCGCGACGGAAGACGAUGACCGCGCAGGAAAUCCGAGCCUUCAACGAGGUGUUCAAUCUCAUCUUCGAAGCGAUGGCGAAGAACACGAGAUCCAGUCCCUCCGCGCCGGUGGACAUCGCGGGGUCGGGGAUGGGCGAGCUAUUCGGGAGGCUCAGGCGGCACUCGCGACGAGCAAUACCCACUGCGGAGAUCGAGGAGGAGCUGGACCGGAAAAAGGAGGAGAUGGAUGGGUGCACUAAUGACCAGGAGCUCUUGACCUGGGCGUUGCAGGAGGUCUUCGAAGAGUCGCGGUCGUACGAAGCUGCGUUUAGACAGGCGCGGUCGGAAAAUGCUGAGGAACUGCCCGACCUCCAACCCCCCGCUUACCCGUACCUCAUCGCGCUCCUGAUGCAAACUUUCCGCGACAAAUACCGGGAUCCUCACCUGGCACUGUCUAUGUUCGACUACGCACGGCAGAUGUCCGUGCCUUCGUACGUGUUCGGGUGCUCGACGAGGGCAUACAACGAGCUGAUCACCACGCGCUGGAAAUGCUUUCAAGACCUGAAAGGCGUCCAUGAUGCUCUGGACGAGAUGUCUGUGAACGGGGUCGACAUGGACAGCAAGACCCUGGCGCUGGCCGAGGGAGUGCGGAGGGACGUCAGCGACAAGAGUAUGUGGAUCGAAGAAAACGAAGUUGGUUCCCGAGGUGUGUGGGACAUGUUGUCCAACAUCGACGGCUUCAUUUCCAAGAUGGCCGCUUCCCCGAGGAAUCCUGCGUCGCGCAAGCGAUCAUCACCGUGGAAUCGCUGGAAAGGGGAGGACGAGGAGAAAGACGUUGAUUGGGGAUUCAACAAAUGGUAGUAUUACAGCAUUAUGAUUCCGGAGAAGCGAUAGCGUAUAGAGAUAUAUGCUACAUGCAAUGAAUGUGGCCCCAGAUAGAUGAAGGUAAGGAGAGGUAUCGUGAGUGGGUGAGUGGUAUGGUGGUAUGUGUGCUACAUAGGGAGGAUGCUACGAGUGAGUCGGCCGUCGGGAGCGAGACUUGCGAGGCGGCGAUCCGUCUGAAACUGCUCCCAGCCCAUGGGCGGGCUUGUAGCCUUGGUCGAUUUGCCCGCAUUUGAGAUGGAGUAGGAGAUUGUACACGAACAC